GCGCGGGACCUGCGCCUUGGCCUGAGAUCUCGCGAGAUGAGUGGGCCGGUGUGUUCUGUCUGUGCUCCAGCCGGCGGGAUCUCGCGAGACUUGGCGCAGUGAGUGCAGUUGGCCUGCGCGCUCCUCUCUGCUCCCGGCACCGGCUCUCCGCGGAGGGACCCGGCUCCCAGGCAGCAUGGCGUCCGCACUGGAGCAGUUCGUCAACAGCGUGAGGCAGCUCUCCUCACAGGGUGAGACCCGGGGACUGCCCCUGAGUAACCCAGGGCAGGAGGAGGAUGGGCCCCUGAGUAACCCAGGGCAGGAGGAGGGAGGAGGAGGGGCCCCUGAGUAACCCAGGGCAGGAGGAGGAGGAGGGGCCCCUGAGUAACCCAGGGCAGGAGGAGGAGGGAGGAGGAGGGGCCCCUGAGUAACCCAGGGCAGGAGGAGGAGGGGCCCCUGAGUAAUACAAGGCAAGUGGGGCAGGGUGUCUGUAGUCAGGGUCUGUGUCUUUAGUACCUUUAGUUGGGGAGGGGGGGGGGCUCAUUAUGUAUAAGUUUCACUAUAUUUCCUGAGCACAUCUCAAUGAAAAGUGGCAAAAUGUAUGAAAUCUGUUCAUUAAGCAAGUAGAAUUCACAAAGGCGCUAUAGUAAUCUGUUUAUACAUUUCUCACCAUCACCACCAAGAAGAGAAGUGUUCAAGAAAACAUGUUGGUUUCUCUGUUUGGAAGAGUGGCCCUCCUCUGUAUCUAGCUGGAGGAGCUGUUCUCUGUCUCUCUGUCUCUCUGUCUCUCUGUCUCUCUGUCUCUCUGUCUCUCUGUCUCUCUGUCUCUCUGUCUCUCUGUCUCUCUGUCUCUCUGUCUCUCUGUCUCUCUGUCUCUCUGUCUCUCUGUCUCUCUGUCUCUCUGUCUCUCUGUCUCUCUCUCUCUCUCUCUCUCUCGGAGUUGUCCUCUCUCUCUCUCUCUCUCUGUGUCUGUAUCUAGCUGGAGGAGCUGUCCUUUCUCUCUCUCUCUCUCUCUCUCUCUCUCUCUCUCCUCACAGGAGCCUGGCCCUCUCUCUUCCUCGGCUUUGAGGGAGCCUGCCCUCUCUCAAGCUGAGAGCCGGGCCCCUCUCUCUCUCAGCUGAGGAGUCAAGGCCCUCUCUCUCUGGCUGGAGCCGUCUCCGCUGGGAGCCGGGCCCUCGCCUCUCCGCCUCGCCUCGCCUCUCGCCUCUGUCUGUAUCUAGCUGGAGUGAGCUGUCCUCUCUCUCUCUCGCCUCGCCUUCACACCAUGCCUGGCUACCGCCGCCUGGCCGCCAGCCUUCAAGGCCUCACAAUUACGGCUCACAAGCCCGCCACCAGGCCUUCCGCCUCGCCUCCUCUCUCGCCUCCUCUCUCUCGCCUCUUGUCUCAUUAUUAGAAUUUCAGCCGGGAUUUAGCCUCUCUCUCUCUCUCUCUCUCUCUCUCUCUCUCUCUCUCUCUCUCUCUCUCUCUCUCGCUGAUGAGCUGUCCUUCUCUCUUCUCUUCUCUCUCUUCUCUCUCUCUCUCUCUCUCAUGGAUGUGAGCUAGUCCUCUCUCUCUCUCUCUCUCUCUCUCUCUCUCUCUCUGUAUCUAGCUGGAUGAGCUGUCCUCUCUCUCUCUCUCUCUCUCUCUCUCUCUCUGUGUGUGUCUGGAUCUAGCUGGAGUGAGCUGCUCCCUCUCUCUCUCUCUCUCUCUCUCUCUCUCUCUCUCUCUCUCCUGUCCUCUCUCUCUCUCUCUCUCUCUCUGUCCUCUCUCUCUCUCUCUCUCUCUCUCUCUCUCUCUCUCAGCUGUCCUCUCUCUCUGUGUCUGGAUCUAGCUGGAGGAGCUGUCCUCUCUCUCUCUCUCUCUCUCUCUCUCUCUCUCGGAGCUGUCCUCUCUCUCUCUCUCUCUGUGUGUCUGGAUCUCGCUGGAGGAGCUGUCCUCUCUCUCUCUCUCUCUCUCUCUCUCUCUGUGUGUGUGUCUGGAUCUCGCUGGAGGAGCUGUCCUCUCUCUCUCUCUCUCUCUCUCUCUCUCUCAGCUGUCCUCUCUCUCUCUCUCUCUGUGUCUGUAAUCAGCUGGAGGAGCUUUCAUGUGUAUAGUACAAUAUUGCCUAGGUGCAAUCCCAUGUUGAGAAAAUAUAUAUGAAGAAUGAAAAAAUGCACUCUUAGGACUUAAACAAUGAAAACAUGAAUAAUUUAUUCCAGCAGGUAUAACAUCAAGGACGUUGAGAAAGACCCGAAUGGGUCGAAACGUCGGCAAACUGAUGUUAUACCUGCUGGAAUAAAUUAUUCAUUUUUUCAUUGUUUAAGUCCUUAGAGUGCAUCUCUUCAUUAUAUAUAUAUAUAUAUAUUUAUUACACUGCAUUGGUGUAUGCCACUAAUCAGCAAACUGAGUCCUGUUGUACCAUAGAGGCAAGUAUUUAUCAGUGUCAACCAUUGAUUCUUUUAAAUGCAUAGCAGCAUGUCCUUCAGGCUUGUACUUCCUCCUCCUAAAUGGAAAGUUAUGAUUUCUCUUUCAGGGCAAAUGACCCAACUGUGUGAACUCAUUAACAAGAGUGGGGAGCUGCUGGCAAAGAAUCUCUCUCAUCUGGACACCGUCCUGGGGGCUUUAGAUGUUCAGGAACAUUCUCUGGGGGUCCUUGCAGUUUUGUAAGUGCAGUUCAAAUUCUACAGACCAGAACCUGUUUGAUAUUUGUCAUUCAGGGAUUAGCCAGAAUCAUGAGUUGGAUACUAUAUUAUAUCCACUAGUUUAGAAUUGCAUUAAUCAUCUUUGGGACACUCUACGUUCUCAUUGUAGUUGUUGUUUUUUUUUUUUUCCCUUUUUCUUUAAGGUUUGUAAAAUUUUCCAUGCCCAGUAUUCCUGACUUUGAGACAUUAUUUUCUCAAGUCCAGCUCUUUAUCAGCACUUGCAACGGAGAGCACAUUCGAUAUGCUACCGACACGUGUAAGUACUGUCGUGUGUGUGUGUGUGUGUGCGCACGCUCGCGUUUGGCUUCGGCAUAAAUUUACGAUCAUAUCUUAUUGGUUUUUGUUUUAUCCAUAGUUGCUGGUCUGUGCCAUCAGUUAACAAAUGCACUUGUGGAAAGGAAGCAGGUAAAUAAUACUUUUUUUUCACAAUCUUUAUUGUAAAUUGUGAAGGAGGGUACAAAUAGGUGUGCGUAGUAAUUCAUAAAAUAUCAAGUACUACACAUAAUGCAGUAAACAUAGCUCAUUUUCUAAUAGAGAUGUUGUAAACGAUAUGCGUUCCUAUGCUAACUUGGUAAUUGCAAGAACCUUGGAAGGCCUCAGUGCCUCAUUAACCGAUAUCAUGUUAAAUUUAAAGGGGACAUAAUCACAUUGCCAGUCUUUGGUCCACAUCAGACAGCAUAAUUAAGGCUGGGGAAGAGACUUCUCCUGAGAUUGCAUCCAGUAACUAUGUAGCUGUAAUUGGUUUUCUUUUAUCAAGAAGUCAAAGGAGCACUAAAAUGUUUGGAAUAGAACAUGUAUAGUGCUAGAGUUAAUGUUUAGGUGUCAAGCCCCCCUCUCUGUGGAGUUGGUGAUGUUACUUACCUUUUCUCCCUUGCUGCGGCUGGCCGUGACUCUGAGUGAGAUCAUCCAUUUUGAUGAUCUCAGCCAAUCCAGUGUUUUCCCUCAGGAAACGGUUGAGGCAAAACUCUGCUGUGCCAAUCAGCAUCUUCUCAUAGAGAUGUAUUGAAUCAAUGCAGAGGGUGGAGAUUAAUGUCUGUUAAUAAUGGGAUAUGAGACAGUUACAGGAAAGCAUUUGUAAUUGACGUUUAAAAUGAUCUAUAUAGACAGAAUAAUCCUGUAUGAGUGUUUGCUUAACCACGUGAGUCUAGAAUAUUACCAUUCUCUGUUAAAAUUGAUUUAAUUUUACGUUAAUUAAAUCCUGAUCUCUGAAGCUCACGUGUUACUACUCCAGGUUUCUGCCUGUCUCACUGUGUGGGGUUAAAAUCUCAUAAAGAAUGUGCAAACAAUAUCUAAGGCCUUGUUGUGUGUUUUAUUUUUUAUUUUUUGAAAGAUUUGUUUCUUGGUACAAUUCUUGUUCUACUUUUCAUGCAGCCCAUGCGAGGAAUCUGUGUCCUGAGGCAAGCCAUAGACAAGAUGCAAAUGAAUACAAACCAGCUGACCUCAAUUCAUGCAGACCUUUGCCAGGUAUGAAAGCUAUUGACCCAGUGGCUCAGCAGAAGGGCCAUUAGCACACGUACUGUCUGAGCCUGGGUGACCACAAAAUAGACUCUCAGCUCUUGUAAUUCCUUUUGACAACCCCAUACUUGGGUUUUAGGUGUUUUGGGUAGGCAUCUGAUUUUUGUCAUACAGAUCAUUCUGUAUUUUUUUUCAUUGAUAAGAUUUUAAGAUUCAAAGUUCUAUAACUCUAUCGCCGUUCUAGAGUACACAACAAUAUACAAAGAUAAUAACGGAUAUGCUCCUAUUCCACAGUAGGUUCCAUCAGGGACCACAUUAGCCAAAGAUUAAAGUGGGUACUAUUGAGACAGAGUGGCCAAAUCCCGUAGUAAUAACACUAACGCACAUGUUUACAUUUGUAGAUUAGGUAUAGGGAACCCUAAGAAAACAAAUAGAAGUGAUUCUAGCUGAAAGCAGUAGAAUGGAAUGAGACGCGUUCACUUCAGAGUGCAAGAACCUUUAUCACAGGUUAGGAAAAUGUCAGUAAGUACUGUCUGUACAUAACCUUGCGCAUGGUUUCAAGAUCAAGAGCACUAACUAAGGCUAUUGUGUAGUGAAAAGUAAAACAUCACAUCCUAUGGUAAUCCAGUAUUAUCUGUAAACCUGUGAGUGUGGGACAUUGCAUUUUUAACCAUCUGAAAACAUAUGGCAAUUAUCUUACACAUCCAAAGUCUCCUUAUAUCAUAACUCGUAUAAUAGGCAAUAGUGUGUCUGUGUGAUGCUUAGUGUCCUUUUAACCACUUUUCAAUAACAGUUAAAGGAUCACUUUAGUGUCAGGAAAACAAAAUUGUUUUUGCUGACACUAUGUAGUCCUUAGGUUCCCCCCCACCCGCUGGGCUGAAGGAAUUAAAACCCCUUCAGCCACUUACCUUUAUCCAGCGCCGGGCUCCCUCGGCGCUGGUGUCCUCUCCUCCCCCUCCGACGUCAGCUCCAGAGUGGAACAGAGCCGCACGCGCAUUAAAAAAUGCCCAUAAAAAAGCAUUCUCAAUGCUUUCCUAUUGACGUUCUGCAUGCUCAAUGCGAUUUUCACACUGAGUGUCGGUGAAGCGCCUCUAGCGGCUGUCAGGAAGACUGCCAUUAGAGGCUGGAUUAACCCUGCAAAGUAAACAUAGCAGUUUCUCUUACACUGCUAUGUUUACAUCUGAAGAGUUAAAACCUGGGGGACCUGGCACCCAGACCACUUCAUUGAGCUGAAGUGGUCUAGGUGACUAUAGAGGUCCUUUUAAGUAGCUUGGUAACAAGUUUGGUCUGGUGGUUAUCACAGGACUGAGUAACUGAAUACAGUUGGCGUGUGUGAGUAUAUAUUCCCUUUUUAUAGCUCUGUUCUUGUAAAAUAACUGACAAUAUUCUCUUUUGCUUUGGGUUUCUAUGUCUAAUGAAACAUAAUGUAAUGUGUACAUUCUCUUUAUUCCUCGUUGCAGCUUUGUUUGUUAGCAAAAUGUUUUAAGCCUGCACUCGCUUACUUAGAUGUAGACAUGAUGGACAUCUGCAAAGAAAAUGGUGCGUAUGAAGCAAAGCCAUUCCUGUGCUAUUACUACUAUGGUGGGAUGAUCUACACGGGCUUGAAGAACCUAGAGAGGGCGCUUUAUUUCUACGAGCAGGUACCUUGUUAAAUAAAUGGAUAUUGUAUUUAUCAUUAUUUGUGUAAAAUGGCAAAGUUUCCUGUUCUCCCUGAUGCAGUGGAAGUGUUUUUUAGUAAACUGUCAAGUGGAUAUGGAGGUUGGCUUGUGUGCGUGUGGUCUUUUUCAUUAUUAUUCUUUAUAACGCGCCAACAAAUUUUGCACAAUAGUUGGACUAACAGACAAGUAUUUAUAACCAGACUAGUUGGACACACAGAAUCAGAGGGUGUAGUGGGCUCUGCUCAAACAUUUCUUUGUCAGAGUGUAGGGACCUGGGCGGGACAUGCUUGUUUAUUAGUGAGGAUAGGUAGGUAAGAGCAGUGUUAUGUAUAGAUUUGUAAGCAUGCACCAGCAUUUUAAUUAAGCCAGUGUAGGGGCAUAUGAUCAUUUUGCUGUGUUACUUGUAUUGUUGCCCCUGUUUAUGUAAGGCAAUACCUCUGUUUGGGGAAUAUCUAGAGUGGGACUACUCUUGCUCUGUGGAGACUACAGCUCUAAAUUUUUUGUUUUGGCAUUAUGUGCCACUGCAAGCAUGGAAAAUCCAUGUUUUACUAACAAAGGGUGACUUUCUACUAGCCAAUUGAUAAUGGCAAGUGUAAAUUUUGAUCCUUGGUGGGUAGAGUCGUCAAAUCCUUUUUGGUUGGAAACCCAACUUAACCAACCAGACGAUGCAGGAACCAAAGAGCCUACUGCAUGUCUGAAUUCUCAUGUCGGUGCAAACACUGAGCAGCUCAGAAAUGCCGUCUGCCUGGUUUACAGACAUUCAAAUUGGGCUCAGUCAUAUACAGAUAAGAUGGCUGCUCACACGCACGUAGGGUAAGCCAGCCAAUCCCUGAAAUAUCUGCAUUACAAAAUACUCAUGUUUUAAUACAUUUGAAAUCACAAUAUACAGAUGUGUGUGUGUGCGCGCGCGCAGUGGAUAUUAUGCAAAAACAAAAUCUAAGGCUAUGAUCACGUUAACCACUGCACCCUCUUAAAGGGAACUGUAAUAACUUUCUUUUUUCCUUCCUUCAGGCUAUUACAACUCCAGCCAUGGCUGUAAGUCACAUUAUGUUGGAGUCUUAUAAAAAAUAUAUUCUAGUUUCCUUGAUUCUCUUGGGAAAGGUUCAACAACUACCUAAAUAUACCUCGCAGAUUGUGGGCAGAUUCAUAAAGGUGAGGAGCAGGAGUUGAAUUGGCCUGGGAGUAAUAAAAAACAAACAUUUAUUUCAGCUACAGUAUUUUAAUGCAAGCCUUUUCCAUGAAAUUAGUGGAUGUUAGCUGUUGUUUUUUUUUUUUUUUUUACAUUUCUGCCUAAUUGUUGUGAGGCUCACCAGACAUGCAUUUCAGUAUUAAAUUUAAUAGGAGGAAACUUUAAGCGAUACAGAAUUAGCAGGCUGUCCAAUAGUCGGGUGCAUGCUGGGACAUCUUAAUGUUUACUAAAUUUUCAGUAUUGCAAAAUGUACAUGUAAGCCAAAAAUGUUGUUGUAUUUUAACUCCAUACCGUAGAUCAUGUUUGGGGGAUCAGUCUAAAAACCCCAGGAAUUUUGUAUGAUUGCAAGGUUCCAAAACUGGCUUAUAACUGCAGUGAUCUAUGAAAGACCGACCUAUAGGUUAGCAAUGCCAGAGGAAGCAUAUUCCUUCCUCCUUUGCCAUCCAAGAUCCACCCAAAUAGUAAAUGUGUUGUGCACAUGUAUCCACCAAACACAUCUCCCCUUGAUUUUACAACUCUGAAUAGCGCCUGAGCUGUUUGGAGCUAUCGGUUUAUUAAUCUGUUUCACUUUUCAUAUGUAAUGAGUGGGCAGGCUGUACCACGUUAUCACAUUGAUAAGAUAGGAAUGUCUGAGAUAAGAGAGAAGAAACCAUAGAUCAGAAUGACAUCAUCUGAUUGGUGGAGCCUCUUCCUGAACUGAAAGGGGGCAUGUCUACUGAAGCAAUUGUGCAUUACUGCUAUUUGGACGGAAGGAGGGUGGGGGGUGGUGGAGUAACUAUUCCAGCUUAAAACAUGCAAACUAUUUACUGACGGAAAUAACAGCUGCUUUGUGUUUCCUCUAGCCUCUUAGCAAUGCCUACCAUGAGCUAGCACAAGUAUAUUCAACAAAUAACCCAGCAGAGCUCCGAAACCUGGUGAACAAACACAGUGAAACUUUUACAAGGGACAAUAACAUGGGUUUGGUGAAACAAUGCCUGUCCUCUCUCUACAAGAAGAACAUUCAGAGGCUUACUAAGGUAAGGCACCACUUUCUGGUCGAGAGAGAGAUAUUCAUUUGUUUUUGGGUUUCCAGUUUACUAUAAUUGAAUUUUUGUGGUAUGAACACAGAUUGAUAAGAGUUUGUCUAUUAUUAACUAGUGGAGCUAUUCGCUUGAAUGUAAGAGCAUACUGGUAGAAAGUCGCAGCCAAUGCCAACAUAGUGAGCACCACUUAUUUUGUUGUUAAACCCUUUUCUGUUAUAUCAACUACCAUAUAAUAAAACUAUGGCAGUUUAAGGAGGAACAUCUGUUUUGAAAUGACUGUCAAAGAAUGUGUACAUGACAACUAUAAGCUUGGUAACCUCACUUCAGAUUUUGUGUAUACGAUGACGACUUUGUGAACAACGUAAGCUUUUUGUCCCUUCUAGUACCGGUCAUUCAAAAAUAAAGAAAUAAAAAAAAAAAAUGUUUUUGAGUAUGUGUGACUGUAAAAUGUUUCUCCUUGCUUUCUCUUGUAGACUUUCCUCACCCUCUCAUUACAAGACAUGGCCAGUCGAGUGCAGUUAUCUGGGGCUCAAGAGGCUGAAAAAUAUGUUCUACACAUGGUAGGAAUGUUGAUCCUUGAACACUCACUCAUUCCUUUUUGGAAUUUUUCUGAAAUUCAACUGUUAACGUCUAGUGUGUCAUGUCAGUAUUAAGGAAUAAUCCUUAAAUUUUGUUUUUUGUUUUUUCCCUCUUAAUCCCCAGAUCGAAGAUGGAGAAAUCUUUGCUAGUAUUAAUCAGAAGGACGGGAUGGUGUGUUUUCAUGACAACCCAGAGAAAUAUAACAAUCCUGCUAUGCUUCACAAUAUUGAUCAGGAGGUGAGUUUGUGUGUCUGAUGCAUUACCAUUAAUGUUGCAUUUCUGCCUGUUCAUCGUGUUCUGUAGUCUAUAUUAACUGUAUCACAGAAUGGGAAUCUUUCUCGCACUAUAUUUUCUGUAUACACAAGACAACAGAAGGUCAGCACUAACCUACAAACAAUAUAUGAACAGGCAGCAAGCAUAGCAAAGGGGACCCCCCUUUGCCCUUCUGUAUUAUAUUUUCAGUAUGAAUUAUUUUCUAAACACUACAUAAUAAUCUGAGGCAUCUUUCAAUAUUUUAGGUGAGACUUUGUUUAGCAGUGAACUCUGCCUGCCCCCCACUGAUUCCUUAUGUGUGUUCUUUGUUUCCAACAGAUGCUACGCUGUAUAGAUCUUGAUGACAGAUUAAAGGCAAUGGAUCAAGAAAUCACCGUGAACCCUCAAUUUGUUCAGAAGGUACUUUGAUCUUAUACUGUCUGCUAUUUAAAUAUUUAUUUCUGAGCAAUGCGUGUUAAGAGAUUCCACGUGUACCAGAGUUCUCUUAAUGUCUUACUGGAAAAUAGUUACAUUUUCCUGAUUUUUAGUAAUUCUGCCAGCUCCAGCUAAUUUGAAGUAGGUACUUAAAAAAAUAAAAAAUACAACUUUGUGUAAUCGUUAGACCAGUGUUUAUUUUUAAUUUAUUUUAAUUAUUGUCUUAGUUGGAAUUUACUGUGUUUUAUUAAUUGAUGUCUUGUUUUCCAGAGCAUGGGCUCUCAGGAUGACGACUCAGGAAGCAAACCAUCUAGUUACUCGUGAAGGGAAGAUCUCACUGCACGUCCUCUCUCUACAGUGGAUUAUCACCUGCAACAACUUCAGAAUUCAGCAUCAAAUGUCUUGAAAUAAAAGAGCAGAGAGAAUUAAGACCUGCCUGGACAUUUAACUAAAAAUGGAAAGCAAAUAUUUAUGAUGUUUUUCUCUCCGUUCUGUAUGCGCUCACAGUUUAAGGAAAGGAAAACAAUAAAGUCUGUUGUGAAUUUAUAACCAGAAACCUUGCUUCUACUUAAAG